CUUAGUGUGGAUUAAACGUCUUCGGCGUCACAGCAAGCCAGAGUGCAGUGGGGGAGAUAUAGUGUCGCUGGUGUUGUAAUAGGGAAAGAUUUGGGGUUUGUUUUUUGCGGGGGGGUAAUAAACAUUAAAAAAAAUGACUAAAUUGGAGCAAUUAAACGUGUUCCUGAGUGAGAGACUGUCGGCGGCGGUGAAUGAGAUCCUCGACACAGUGAGCAGGAUGAUGCAGGAGUACGAGGAGGAAACGGCUCGGAUACGCAAAGAGAACGAGUAUCUGAAGGAAAUGUUAAAGGUUACAGGAUGCAGUUUAACAGAAACAAAUCCGGGCAUCAUCUCUUCUGUGUCUUUUGGAAAACAAGAUGGCACCUCAAGCAUACAGCAGGAAGCCGAGCCCCAGGAGAGUUUGAGCCAGCACCGGGCAGCAAAGAAAGAAAAUGCAAGCAUAAAAUCCGAACAUCCCACCCCUCAAUACCCUGCAAAUUCUGACUCCGAGUCUGAAUCCAGACCCACAGACGACCCCGCCGAACUGCCCCAGUGCACCCCGCUGUCAAACUCUCACGCUGUAGAUCAGGACAUGGUAGACUUCGAUUUCCCCAUAAAAGUCAAAGUCGAGUCAAUGAAUGUAGAGUCACACUCAGGUGAUGCCACAGACAAUAUGGAUGCCAGCAACCAGAGCUGGUCUCCACAGAACUGGGAUCUGUUUUCAGAAAGGACCUAUCAGAACAGAGUACAGCAAGGAGCCGGUCUGCAUCCGUACGGCACCGAAGGUUCUCGUUCCACAGAUACCACAGUUCAAAAUCAGCCCGUAGAGUUCCAAGCGGCAUUCAGCUACACAAACCGGACCAUAUGCAAUAACAGGCUGCACUGUACAAGCAGACACUGUGAACUGCAGAAAAGGACCACGUCUAAAUCGAGCCCAGUGUGGCAGUAUUUCUCAUUGAAAGAGAACGAUUGUAGUAAGGCGGUGUGUCUGAUGUGCAAAGCGGUAAUAUCACGUGGGGUUAAAGAGUACACAACAUCAGCACUGUUAAAACAUCUCCGUAUGAAGCAUGGCAAGUGUUGAACUCGAUUUCUUUCUUUCUUUUUUUUUUUUUGUACUUUUGUACUCUUGAAUCAGUAACAAAGAAACACAUAGGUCAUUAUCUACACAUGUAUGAAUGACACCAGUCUCUAAUGUAGCAAAUGAAAACCGCACUGACCAAAAUGUAGUUCAUUAAAUUGCCAUCGAUUUUGAAUGAUUCUGCAGAUCUGAGCUGGCAAAAAUACCUCCCUGUGGUUUUACUGAGAUAAAAAUAUACUAUAUGAAAUAUUCUUUCGACUCGUUAUAGACGUAAAAAAAAAAAAAAAUGCCAUGAAUGCUUCUGGAUCUGAACAUAAAAGACUGAUUUAAAGUAAACAUGAUUUACUGUGUUUCCACUGUAAGUAGUCUGGGUUAUAAAGCAACUUGUGGCAUAAAGACAUGUACAAGACAGGGUUUCAGGGAUAUAUAUAUAUAUAUAUAUAAUGAUAGAAUCUGAUUGUGCCAUUUGGGUGGGGAGUCUCCAUAAUUUACUUAGUUCUGAUGAACAUUUACAUUUUUAGUUUUAUAGUAAAACAGAUAAGAACAGCUUAAAUAUGCACACAUUUUGAGGUACUUACAUCAUUGCUUAUAAACAGAUGGGUGACAAAUUAAAGGAAAUAAAAAAAAAUCCACCUUGACUGUUGUGUUUAGGAGCAUUUUGCACCGCCAGCAUCAGAACACUACUUGAGAUCACUGAUUUUUGGUGGAGUGGUGUUCAUCCAUCCCUCCAGUACAGUUCUAGAGACGUGUAGAAUCAAUGCCAAGGUGGCUUCUGGGAACCCAACACCUUUAAGACACUAUCAUUUUUGUCCUUUAAUUUGUCACCAGCGUAUAGUUGCGACUUGGGUAUCUGAGGUGAUGGUGAGAAAUCUUUUUCUAGUCAGUCAGUUUGUAUUUUCACUACCUUAGUUCUUAUUAUUACUUGGAUGUGAGAGGUUGUUUCUGGGUCAGCACUGUUACUGAUACAAUUUAUUCACAUCCAAAUAUAUUCAUAAAAAGCUAAAAUCAAUGCUGCACUGUAUUUUCUUGUUUGUUUCUUUAAGAGCCAAUGAUUAUAAAGCUCAGAAAGUGAUAAUUCUUGAACCUUGACCAGUGGUAUGUGGAUCUGAGCUGUGUUUUGUUUUCAUGGUAUAAUUUGAACUUUGUAAUGAACGUUAUUCAUUCGCUAUGAAUAAACUGCAGUCAGAAGGGAUGCGAACUUUUGCACAACAUGUCUAACAUCUGAUUGUACAAAUGCAUUAUUUUAAGAAAAAGUAUCGGUGUCUGCAUCGAGGUGCCUCUCUUACAGCUCCAGGGUUCCCGGGUUUGAUCCCAAGCUCAGCUCACAUCUUCUCCCUAUCUUCACCUCCCUCAUGGGCUGCCUCUGGGUUUUCUAUCUCCUUAUAACAUGCCAAAAAGUGAUGACAAUAAGGAUGAAUGAAUGAUAUGUAAAGGUAAAAAUGGCACUAGUACCUGAAUAUUCAGACGCUUUAACAUUGAUUCCCGUGCUUUGGGUAGUUUGUGAAUACUUGUGUUUGAGUUAAUUUGGAACCUCGUCUAGGGUGUCCCCCGACUUAAGGCCCUGAGUGCCCUGUUAUAGACUCGAGGUUCACUGUGACCCUAUGUAGAAUAAGUGCUAUAGAAAAUGGAGGUAAAAUCAUAAAUCUGUUUCUAUGAAUGUAAUCGUUUUCACAUCCACAGGGAUCAUCAUGGGUUCCCUGACCAGUCUGUGGCUAUGCUACCCUACACACGGCAAGCUGUGGUGCACUUUCUUCCUAUCAUAGCCACCAUUAACCUUUUUUAGCAGUUUGGGCUUUAGUAGCUCUUUGCUUGCAACACAAAUCAGUGAGCCUUAGCUGCUCAUGACCCUGGCAGCAGUUCACCCUGUCUGUAGGUACUAACUAGUGCAUACUGGGAACAUCCCACAAGACCUGCUAUUUUGAAGCUGCUCUGACUCAGGUGUCUAGUCAUCACAAUUUGACCUUCAGCAGUAUCUGUGAGAUCUGUAGGCUUGCCCAUUUUUCCUGCUUCCAACACAUCAGCUUUGAGAACUCACUGUUUACUUGCUGCCCAAUAUACACAACUCCUUAACAGGUGCCGAGUACGUCACUUGUCAGUGAUUUUGAUGUUAUGGCUAAUGUUAUGGUUUAAUACCAGCAAUAGAACCUCACCAUAUCCUGUUUCAGAUUUCAAAAAGUCCUGUCCUGGACCCGUUAUUCUCAGUAAAAUAUCCAGCCAGUCUCUCUCAUACAGCCAGAGAGAGUACUAUGAAUCUAUGAAUAAGAUAUUAACAAGCUUCUCAGAUCAGAGAUCAGAAAGGUGCUUGCCACAUGUCGUGUUUCUCUAGUUUCUUUAAAGGUCUCAGAGCAGAUUUUUUUCAAAAAAAUGUCUGCUCUGACCCUUUGCUUUCUACUUGUUUGCUUCACUAGUUCCAAAAAGCAUGAAUCUCUGCAUAUCUAGUGUUGUUAAAAUGCUUCUCCUGUACAGACU